AUGGAUUACUCGAUUCAUCUCUCGAAAACUUCCGGGGACCCGUACCAUUAUGCUUCGGUCUAUAGGAGGCUCAUUGGUAAGCUUCAAUACCUUACCAACACCAGACCAGACAUUGCCUUUGCGGUUGAUAAACUGAGUCAAUAUGUGGACUUUCUGACUGUUGAACACCACAAAGUAGCUCUGCGGAUACUCCGUUACUUGAAGAACGCUCUAGCCACUGAGUUGUUCUUCCCUCUCACCACCGAUUUCAAGCUCACGGGGUUCGCUGAUGCUGAUUGGGCGACAUAUCUCGACACUAGGCAGUCUGUCUCGGGAUAUUGUUUUUUUCUUGGCACUACUUUGGUAUCUUGGAAGAGCAUCGAGCAACAAAUUGUAUCUUGGUCGUCCUCUGAAGCUGAGUACUGUGCUUUGGCGAACGCCACCUGUGAAGGGUUGUGGCUCCUUCGGCUACUAGAGGUGCUUGGAGUCACUCACAAUGACCCUUUUAUUCUUUACAGCGACAGUCAAUCUGCACUACACAUGGCUGCCAAUUCUGUCUUACAUGAGCGCACAAAGCAUAUUGAAGCGGACUGCCAUAUCGUCCAAGAUAAAGCGCAUGAGGGUGUUCUCAAGCUAUUGCCAGUAACCUCAGCCAACCAAACAGCCGACCUCCUUACUAAGACUCUGGCACCAGGACCUUUUAGUUCAUGUUUCUCCAAACUAGGAUUGUUAGAUAUUCACACUCCUAGUUUGAGGGGGGAUAUUAGCUGA